UUUUUGUCCCUAGUCGUCUGCCGUAGUUGGAAAUAUUAGUGAUGGCGACUUCCCAGGAUAUCCACGUCCAGAUCUGUCACAAAGAAAUUGUCAAAUACGAUCUGGAGAUCAAAGCUCUGAUUCAGGACAUCCGAGAAUGUUCUGGUCCCUUAAGUGCCCUGGGUGACCUCAAUGACCAAGUCAAGGAAAAGUUCCACCUACUGAGAAUGAGAAUACAGGAUCUUGAGCAACUGGCCAAAGAACAAGAUAAAGAGUCGGACAAGCAAGUUUUGUUGAAGGAAAUGGAGUGUCACAAAAAGCAGAUGCUUAGCAACCAGACGGUGUGGAGGAAAGCAAACCUUUCUUCUAAGCAGGCAAUAGACAACGCUGAGAAGGAUGAGCUGCUUGUCGGAGGGGAUCCUACAAGGCAAAGGAAGGUAACGAAGGAGAACCUGGCCCAAUCGGCGAGCAGCAUCACCGAGAGCCUGAUGGGUAUCAGCCGAAUGAUGUCACAGCAAGUACAGCAGAGUGAAAUCACUGUGCAUACGCUAGCGACCUCUUCCAGGACCAUCCAAGAGGCAAAUGAAGAGUUUAAAUCCAUGUCGGGGACUAUUCAGCUCGGACGGAAGCUCAUCACCAAGUACAACCGGCGAGAGCUGACAGACAAACUUCUCAUCUUUUUGGCACUGGCGUUUUUCUUGGCGACUGUACUGUACAUCCUGAAAAAAAGGAUCUUUCCCUUUUAAGCAGCGGCUGUGUGGUUCAUACAUGGAGGGACUAUGGGGGAUCCUACCCCAGUGCAGCUGCUGCACAUUUCCCUGGCCUUAAUAACAAGACAUUGAUGGCCCCCUUGGAACUCUAGCAUAUUCCUUCAAUUCCCCUGAUAUCACAUUAGACAUUGCAUCGACUCUUAAUAGGAGUACUAAGCAGGGCUCCCACCAU